AUGGUGGCAAAAGCCAAAGAGGAACUGGAACAGGAGAUCCUUGAUAAAGAGGAUGAGAAACACAAGUAUCUGGUAGAGAGAGCUCCUCCUCUGAACACCAGUGGUCUGAGCCAGGGACAGCUACAGGAUCUCUGCAGAGAGCUCCAUUCCAAAAUAGAUGUGGUGGACGAGGAGCGAUAUGACAAUGAGGCCAAAGUCAUGCUCAACAAACGUGAGAUUAAAGAUCUGAAUCUCAAGGUGUUGGACCUAAGGGGGAAAUUCAAGAGGCCUAGUCUGCGGCGUGUUCGUGUGUCUGCUGACGCCAUCCUCCGCUCGCUGCUGGGCUCCAAGCACAAAGUGUCCAUGGACCUCCGAGCCAACCUCAAGUCUGUCAAGAAAGAAGACACUGAGAAGAAGAGGCCGGUAGAAGACAGUGACUGGAGGAAGAACGUGGAGGCCAUGUCAGGGAUGGAGGGGAGGAAGAAGAUGUUCGAUGCUGCUAAAGGCCCCGCCCAGUGAACGUGAAAAGGUGGGCUGGUCUCACAUGAGAACCAGCCCUGCUCCUGCAUCUGAUGAAUUGGUUUGGUUACAGUUUCUUGCAUCGUCUGUCUCAUGCAGCCAUCAUUGGGUAUAUGCUCCUGAUUGGAUGUCCCCGGACUCCCACAACUAUUUUCUUCUCUACCGUUUGCUGUUCAUUGAUGAGGUGUUGAAAUGAUUGUAUCCAUGUACAGUGCCAUGUACAAUAAUUAAAGUGUUCUCACAACUGACACUGCACCAGAAAUCCCAGGUAGUUUGGCUUCCUAUGUACAGAAAUGCCAAAAUGUGCAUCUGGUAUCUCUGCUGGAAGAAUGUGGAUGUAUCGUGACUCACUCAG